AUGGAAGAAAUUUUGGAUUCAGAAAAAGGAAACCAGACAAGCAUCAAAGAAUUUAUUCUUCUAGGUUUUGGGAAUCUCUCUGAGCUGCAGCCUCUCCUUUUCUGUUUUUUCUUGGUGAUUUAUUUAAUGACAAUAACUGGAAACCUUCUCAUCUUUAUUUUAAUUGUGACUGAUCAACACCUCCACACCCCGAUGUAUUUAUUCCUGGCUAAUUUGUCUUGCCUGGACACUUGCUAUAGUUGUAAUUUGCUACCUAAAAUGCUGGCCAUUUUGCUGACUGAUAAAAAAACUAUUACUGUUAUUGGGUGCCUAGCCCAAUAUCAUUUUUUUUGUCUUUGUGGAACCAUAGAAACUUAUAUUUUGACUGCAAUGUCUUAUGAUCGCUAUCUGGCAAUUUGUAGACCCUUGCACUAUGGCUCUAUUAUGAAUAUAAAAUUUUGUUUCCAACUUAUGGUAGGAGCAUUUGUAAGCAGUCUAAUAGUUAAUGUAGUUUUUGUAGCUCUUGUGACUCAAUUUUCUUUUUGUGGGCCUAAUGUUAUAGACCAUUACUUCUGUGAUUUCCGUCCACUGGUGAAACUGUCUUGUACAGAUACUGUUCUAACUGAAUACUUCUCUUUUUGCAUAUCCAUUAUUUUUGUAGUUAUUCCAUUCCUCUUGAGUAUCAUUUCUUACACUUGCAUCAUAGGUACCAUCAUCAGAAUUCAGUCCACCACUGGAAGGCAAAAGGCCUUUUCAACCUGCUCCUCUCAUCUUAUGGUGGUUUCCCUCUUUUAUGGCACAUUGAUCAUUGUCUAUACAUUGCCAGAUAUCCCUUCUCUCAGACAAUUCAACAAAAUAUUUUCUGUUUUCUAUACAAUGAUGACACCUUUGUUCAACCCCCUUAUCUAUUCUUUGAGAAACAAGGAAGUUCACAAAGCCCUAAUACGACUUUUUGAUAAAAUUAUAAUUCUUGGUCUUUUUUUUAAAUUCUUUAGGUAG